GUAUUUGUGCUUUUCGGCAAAUGAAACACAAUUUUGUGUCUGAACACUGAACACUAAACGUUGCGGUGUUUAUCUAAGGAUGAAUUGGAAGCCCAAACUUUCGGAGAGCACUUGAAGGCAGCACGAGACGAGCUAGGAAUAAAUAGGAAGAUAUCCACGUAGCUUAUAUAUCUGUACGCCGUUACAAAUGUGUCCGUUUAUUUAACGAAAACGUAUUUUAAUUUAGGGGAUAUAUGCGUUCAUAGUGGCGGGGUAACGCGGACAAAACCCCACACCGGCCGGUCCUUUUUGCUGUAAGGGAAAAGGACUAAAAAUGGAGCUGGAAGACGGAGUUGUGUACCAGGACGACCCGGGGACAUCUGCGAUGAUGUCGGAGCGGGUCUCGGGCCUGGCCAGCUCCAUCUACCGCGAGUUCGAGAGGCUCAUCGGGAAGUACGACGAGGACGUGGUGAAGGAGCUGAUGCCGCUGGUGGUGGCCGUGCUGGAGAACCUGGACUCGGUGUUCGCGGACAACCAGGAGCACGAAGUGGAGCUGGAGCUGCUGAAGGAGGACAACGAGCAGCUCAUCACCCAGUACGAGCGGGAGAAAGCGCUGAGGAAACAUGCGGAGGAGUAACUCGCGUGGCAAUAUCAACUUCUCUAUAUGACGUUCCUGGACAGACCUUUUGUUCCCACUGCCAGGAAACAGUGAUCACCCGUACGGAGUCAGAGCCAGGAUUAUUGGCCUGGCUUGCUUGCGGAGGAUUGUGCUUUCUGGGGUGCUUCCUUUGCUGCUGUAUCCCAUUCUGCCUUGAUUCCUGUAACGAUGUGAAGCAUCAUUGUCCAAGAUGCCAGCAUGUCCUCUACAUUUACAAACGGAUGUGAAACUAGUCCCAUAAGGAACUGGAAAAAUUAGAGUUAACAUUUAGGUUGUCCCAUCUCUUAUGCUGAAAAUUGUGAUUCUUUUUUUAUGUCAAAUUGUAUGAAAUGGUUUUUAUGCUGAAAUUAAAACAAAAAAAGAUUUACAUCACAACAGAGAAACAUGCAUAGCAAACAACCAGGCAUACACAGAUCCAUGCAUAAGGGCAAUUUAGAGUAUCCAUUUGACCUAACGAUCAUAUUUUUGGACUGUGGGAGGAAGUCGGAGUACCAAGAAGGAACAAAGUUGUGCUUGGAGGUGAACAUGUAAACUCCAUGCAGACAGACCCAUUGCAAGGAUUCAAACUUUGGACCUUCUUGCUGUAAGGCAAUAGUAAUACCAACUGUAUUGUGCAGCCAUUAUCCCAAUAAUGUCUUCAAAUAAUGGUUGUGUACAAACCUAUUGCCAGCAAUGUAAAAAAGAUUUAAAUGUCUGAAUUUUCCCACUCUGGGAUCAUAAGGGCUAAUUCCAUUAUAUUCUAAAUUUAAAAAGACUAUUCUAUUUGUUUCAAUGGAUUGAGAAAACCUUUGCUUUCUCACCCAUCUUUUCUCACUUUCUGUGUAUUUACAAUUAUUAAUAAUCCUGUUCAAGUCAUGACUAAAUAAAGCAUUAAAUGCAUAGAAAAAAAA